CCGGGAGAGCUCAGCUCCGCCGCGAUGUGGACCUGGAAACAUCAUAAUCGGUAAACAAGCCAGAUCCGCGCAGGGUGUCCGCGGGACCAUCCUCCCCUACCGCGGGCUCCCGAUCACUAGGGAGCCGGUAGAUUUACCACUACUUGGGGAGGGCAGGUCGGUUCUCCUAUCGCGAGAGUUAAACACUCGCGGCGUGGGAGAGUAGCCGGGAAACUGGCUAAUGGUUGCCGGGGAAACAACAUUCUCGAAUUCGCAGAGGGUGCCGUGGGUCCUGGGAGAAGGAGUGGCGAAGACGUCGAAGGCUGCUUCCGCGGAGAAAGCUUGUGACGUAGGGUGUGGAGUAGGGAAGGUUCGGUCUCCGCUCCUUCGCACAGAUUACGUUACAUGCACAACUGUCCUGGACUGAAAUUUGGUUCAGCAAAUUCAGAAGUAGGAUUUCAAUGGAUAUUAUAAGGGGAAACUUGGAUGGAAUUUCACGACCAGCAUCAAAUUCAAGAAUUUAUCCUGAGAGCAGAAGUUCAAGUGCUUCUUUAGAAGUCCUGACACCAGAACCAGUGUCUAUUAAGGUUGAUACUUCAAUCAACUCGAACAAUAAUAACCUGCAGAAUAAUAAAGAAAAUUGCACUUUCAGGGAAAGCAGCAGCAAUAAUGAUGUUUCCAAAAUAAAAGAAACAGAUCAACAACUUAAGGAAGCUGUUAAAAAGAUGAAGAGACUCGACAAACUAUUGGUGGAGAAACAAUUUAAAGAGAAAGAAAUUAAGAAGCAAGGCCAAGAAAUGAGAACAAAGCUGUGGGAAGAACUUCGGACUAUCAAAAAUUUUGAUGUCAUACAGAGUAAUGAGGAGAUAGAAAAUACCAAAAAAUUUGUGAGUCUGGCUGCUUCUUCAGAAGGGACAACUGAUCCUUUUCACCCGGAACAAGAGGAUUCCUUUGUUUCUGUGUUUCACACGCAAAUUCCUGCUGAAGAGUACGAAAACUGUAUUGAACAAGCCAGGAAAGAGUCUGUAUAUCAAAGUGAAAAUAAUAAAUCAUUGAUCAAACCAGAAAAGAAGUCACAGAGAGAAAACUGCGGUGAAUUCAAGGGUAAAAAAAAUCAGGAUUUCAUUAAGAAAAAUAUAGAGCUGGCCAAGGACUCAAAAAGUUUAGUCUUCAUGAUGGAUAAAGAAAAACGAAGAUUGAUUGAAUUAUUAAAGGAUAUAGAUAGUGGAGAAGAUGUACUUCCAAGUACUGAGGAUGGGGAGUCUGCCUGGCUCAUACCAGAAAAAGGAUAUAUGUCUGCAGCACAUAUAGAGCGCGAGCAACUAGCUCAAAUAGAUUCCAAACUUCAAGAAAAAUUCUUUUUAACUUCCUUGGGGUUAUCCGAUGAUUUUUCAGGAGUGGACAAUCAGACUGGUCAGGAAACUGUUCUUAAAGACAGUACACAAGUGAAAGUGACUCCAGGGGAUAAGAUACUUCAAAGUACCAAAGAACACCGGAUAGAAAAAAAUCGGCUCAAAGAGAUAGAUCAGCAGCUGAAAGAGUUGGAGGAAGAUUUUGUGAGAACACCACGAGUUCUCUCUGAAGAGCAGCUGAAGACUCUUCUAGAGGAAUGCAUAUUGGAACAAAGAUCAGAAAAGGAAAGCAGAGAUGCUGAUGGAGUACAGCCUGAAUCCAUCCAGCCUUCCAAAUCCUUCAUCGCUCAGUUGUUAAAUGUGUUACCAGCUCUCAGCAGUCCUGAGGUUGAGAAUGAAGAUUUCCUUGAAAAUGGAGAAUGUGAAACACCUGGCUAUUAUCUUACCAAAGCAUUGGGGAAUCAACAUCACAUUGCAGAAUUUUUGGUCACUGAGACAAAGGAAGCAGAGAGUCCCUGGCCUCCAGGGAAUGUAGCUUCUGGUGACGUAGAACAUUACUUUAUGUCAAAAACCCUCGGCAUUGGAAGGCUGAAAAGGCCUUCUUUCUUGGAUGAUCCUUUAUACUGUAUGGACAGUAGCCCAUCAUCUGAGGAUGAGAAUCUGAAACUGAUUGAUUUUUCCACUGAAAGCCCACCAAAUCCUGAUGAAUUAACCACAGAAGUCAAGACAGAAGAAGAAGAGGAAGACAGAGAUUCCUAAGGAAAACAAACUGUUAGGAUGUACUUUAGACUCUAGACUAGUAAAUCUAGUUGAAAGGCAAGCUUUUUUCCAUAUGAUUGACUUUACUAGAUCAUUGAAUUCAGUGAAGGCUUCCCUCAGGGCUGAAUGUAUUGAUGUCAUUUCAUCUUCAUUUGUUUGUAAAAUUAAUUAAUUCACUUUUUUCAUAAUUUAAGUAUGUGAACUCUUUCACAGAUGCUUUUGCUAAUUGCUUAUUGUACAUAUGUCACUGGGCUGAAUGCAGGAACAGACCUGAUUUUUCAUCAUUUUUCCUUUCCUGUAAUGUUGUGUAACCACUGGUUUUUAAUUUUAAUUUUAAGGGUAUCUUAACCUCAUUGUAGCUACUGUCAAUUUUUGCUAUUUUUUUAUUAGAUUUCUGCUUUUUCACCACACCAUAGAAUAUAAUCCCUAUACUAUCAUCUUUAUAGUUUAAAGGCAUGGAAAAAAAAAACAAAGAGAAAAUGUACAAUUUUUUUUAACAAGUUUUCAUAGUUGCUUCUUUCAUUCUACCACAGAACAGUCUGUCAGAUGAUCAUGUCCUGACUCCUCACCAAUCAUCUAUAGCAAAUAGAAGUUUGUUGUUACCUUUAUUUGCCGUCUUUCAGACAAUUAUAAUAUUUAUAAUUCUUUGAUGGUAGUUAGAGAAAAAAGCAUACUACAGGGACAAGUCAGUAAUUUGGACUCACACUAAAAUAUCUUAUGUCAAACCAAUAUAGGCUGAUUUGGCUUUGAAAGUAGGAACACAUUCCAUUUUUGAUUCAGGAAAUGAACAAUCUAUUAUGCCAUUUUUGAAAUUCUGAAUCAUAUCCAUGAAACAUUAUUGUUUCAUGCUGGCAAAUUAUCACAGACUGAUCUUGGAUAACAUUAGUAAUUGCAAUUGUGUCGAUUUUACUUGGUCCAUUUUAAUGAAUUCCAUAGCUAUUUUUAAAAGAAAUUGUUGACAAGCAAAUUUCACAUUCAGGCCCUUCUUCUGUAAUAUGCUGUUCACUGGUUUAAAAUGAAAACACUUCAUGUUAAUGUAAAGGCUCUACCAUGUCAAUGUAAUUAUACUGAUGCCAAGAGGUCUUUUAUACCAGUGCCAGCAGAUGUCACUGUCAAUGAAUUCAGAGUCUCCUAACAAAUUCAGUGUGACAUAUUAUAUGAUACACUAUUUUGUGUUAUCUUAACAAAUGACAGAAUUUUCACAGGGCAUAUUUUUUCCCCCAAAGAACUCACUUGAUUGUCUGAUCCAAAGUGCCUCUCCCUGGCCACCACUUUCCUAUAUAAAGUGUUUUUCCUUGUGUUAGAAUGUAAGUUCCUGGAGGACAGGGGUUAUUUUUCUUUUGAGUUUGUAUCUCCAGCAUUGGACACAAUGCUUGGAAUGUAGUAAUCACUUACUAAAUGCUUUUUCAUUCAUUCAUUCAUUCACUACCAUCCAUCCAUCCAUUAAUACACAUUGUCUCAGCACAAUUACAGAAUGAGUAAGGGUUAAUGGGAAGACCUGAGGAGACCUAGAUUUGACUGUUUGUGUCCUGAUUAUUCAUUAGCUUCCCUGAGGAUUUCAGCUUCAUUAAUAUUUUCCUUUCCUUGCUGUCUCCUAAAUCCAACUUUCUUUCCUGAUUAAGAGCUGUCUCCAUUAAUGAUUUGAUACAACUAAAGGUUUAAGAAAAUACAAAUAUUUCUAGACUGGAGAAAUAUUUCCAGGCAAUGUCUAUGUAUUCUUAAAACACAUCUGGUUUUAUAAAUGAGAUUUUGCAGAGAGAUACAUUCUAUUAUAGUUCUCAAGAAGAAGGGCAAAACAGAAAUGGUUUUUAAAUUUGUCACCCAUUACAAACAAAAAGCAAUGUAACAGUAGAUAGAACCAUGGGUCUCAGAACCAUGAACAGUUAAGUUUAUGUCUUGCCUCUGACACAGAUUGGCUGUGUGACCCUAGUUUUAGUCUUCUAGACUUAAAUUACCUAGAAUGUAUCUACCAGAAUUGGAAGAUGGCGAAUCCUUAUCUGAGAAUUCCUUACACUAAAGAUAUCACUUUCCAAUGCCAUCAACAAUAUUAAGACCAUUCCCCUUAUCAAUGAGCCAAGUAGGUAAUUUUAGAAUUACUAUUCGAUGUGAACUAUAUUAGAAAAAUAAAUAAAAUGUCAUUCAGUCUCAGGGAGAAAAAGAAAGAUGCUUUUGUUCCUCAAUUAAGAUUCUUUUUGAGGCCAAGUAUUUGCCCUAAAAUAAGGUACCCGGGGAAAUGAUCUGGAAAGAAUAAUCAUUCUUGGUGAUGAAAUUAAGAGUAGUAAGGUGAACUUGUCUAUUUCUGGUGCUCUUUAUAGGGUCAUAAAGAAAAAUGUUGAUACCAUUUCAUUAUAAAAGCCUAUGGGACUUGCAAUUUAUUACUCUCUAAUAAUGUAAUUCUGUUCAGAACUAUUAUACAUAAUGAACUGUUGUCAUAUGAAAAAACUAAAAUCUCAAUGACGAUGUUUCCAUUUUUAACGUCUAUUUUCAUGAAAUUUACUGAUCUCAAAAGCAAAAUUUAGCAGCAUUCUAGAGAGAAACAUAGGGAAUGACUAAAAAAAGAAAUCAUUUCCUAUGUUCUACCUUCUGUUUUUGUUUUCUGGAAAUUACAUCUUAUUGAUUUAACCUGCUCUGCUACUGGUACCUACUCAGUCUCCCACUGUCUUUAGACUGAAUGGUAUAUUGGUUCUCAAAAGAUAAUUUGCUGGAAUAACACCUCAUUGAGAUUCUUGGACAGCAUACCACAGUCAUUGCUUUUGGUAUUUCUGCUUCAUUUCUGCAUUUUGGAGAUAAAAUUGAACAGUUGCAGUCAAUAUUCUGUGUGAUUAAAUGUGAUCUGCUACAAUAUGUGUACUUGAGUAUUGCUCUUGUUACUCCUUAGCAUUUCGAGCAGUCAGUUAUCAAGUGGUUUUUUUUUUUCUUAUUCUAACUCUAAAUGCUCCGCACUUUUUUAUCUUCAUCUAGUUCUGACUAUGGGUUUUUGUUCAUGUUUUCUAAAGCAGAAAUUGUUAGUGCAAACUCAUGUGCUUGUAUAUAUCAUUCAUAUGUAUUGUAUAAGUGUAUGUGUAUGUGUGUGUGAGAAUGGACCCUUUAACAAUGUAUAAUAAAGACCAUCGUCUCCUUAAAAUGUUUUAAAAUAAUUGAAUAAUUAAAUGUUAAUGCAAAUACAAAUGUAUUUUUUUUUCCUGUACAAGAACCUGAGCCCCUCAAAAUCUAUCCAGACUCAGGUUGAGAACCCUGUUCUAAAAAGGAAUUCUGUUUUACUUGACUUGAUUUGUCAAACUAUACUUAAUUGUCUACAUGCUUUGAAAAUCUUUACCCAGCAUUCACCCUGUAUACCCACCCAAGGCUUUCUUUAAUUUAUUUGGGCAAUUUUGUGACUUGACUGUACUCCUUUCUUUCUCUCUUUGUUAUUCUUUGAGAUUAAAACUAAAUAAAUGUUAUUCUUUGUAGAUUGA